CUCGUUGGGACACUUAUCUUUAUUGGUUCAGUUUGCUUGAUUAUUUAUACAAGAAAGCGCCUGUGUCAUGCAUUACUUUUUCUAAAUUGGCUAAUAAUUAAAAAUGCUUCAUUUGUGUACGCGUGGCUGAUAUUGUUCGGUUUAAUUCAGUUGUGCAUUAGUUACACCGCAGCAAUGUACCGCUACUUCUUCUGCUAGCUAAAGUUACGGCAAUAUUAAGAAAAGGUUAAAAGAGAAAAAUGAUCACACAUCCGCAUUUUGGUCCCUGGGACUACGUAAUUCUGUCCAUAGUUCUGCUCAUAUCUGCAUCCAUAGGAGUUUACUACAGGCUCACCGGUGGCAAGCAAAAAACAAUGCAGGAAUACCUGCUAGCCGACAAAAAUAUGCCGAUAGGGCCGGUAGCCUUUUCACUUAUGGCCUCUUUCAUGUCAGCCAUCACACUGCUGGGCGUAUCCAGUGAAAAUUACACGUACGGCUUGCAGUUCAUCGUAAUCAACAUUUCCUACGUCCUUGCCACCCCGAUUGCGGCGUAUUUAUUCCUACCUGUGUUCUUCAAACUACAAGCAACAAGCGCUUAUGAGGUAGGUGUACUAAUACAUUCAAAAUAGUUUCUGAAUUUAGUACUAGGCUGCAACAGAAAUGUUCCAACUAGAAAAAAUAAUUUUUCAACUUGUUUCAUCGGCAACAUAAUGACUAUAUGUAAAGCAUUCUACAGGGUGUCCGCAAAGUUGGGGUUUUCC